AAAAUGAGAAUUGUUUCACAAUUUUCACUUCAAAAGAUCAAAAGUGACAUUGGCACUUUGCAGGAGCAAGUUGAGACAAUGAGAGGGAAGAAGAUACCUUCCUUCAACAGCCUAUGAAUCACACAACUAGUAAUCAAACUCUUUGAUUCUUCUCUACCAUUUCCAAAGCACAAAGAUGAAAAUGCCUCCUUUUCUUCAUUCUUUUCCUCCUCGUUCAUUCUUCUUCUGUUGCUUCCUUCUCCUUCCACUCUUGCUCUUGCUCUUGCUCUUGGUGGCACCUUCUUCUUCAGGUGCUCCAAAUGAAAAGGUAACCGUGUCACUCUAUUAUGAAAGUUUAUGUCCCUAUUGUGCUGAUUUCAUAGUGAACCAUCUUGUGAGGCUCUUCCAAACGGGUCUCAUCUCCAUUGUUAACCUCAGAUUGGUCCCUUGGGGCAAUGCUUGGAUUGCACCUGAUGGAACUGUUGUUUGUCAGCAUGGAGAUGAUGAAUGCUUUCUAAACACGAUCGAGGCCUGCGCUAUUACAAUCUAUCCAGACGUGGUACAACAUUUCAGAUAUGUACGGUGCUUGGAGAAUCUCACCUUAGAGGGGAGACACAACCAAUGGGUUAACUGCUUCCAAAUGACUGGGUUGGGAACAUCACCUAUUGAUUGUUACACAAGUGGAAAUGGAAAAGCUAUUGACCAAAAAUAUGCAAAGGAAACUGCUCAGCUUAAUCCUCCUCAUAGAUUUGUUCCAUGGGUGGUUGUAAACAACCAAGCACUCCAAGAGGACUACCAAAAUUUUGUAACCUAUAUUUGUAGGGCUUACAAAGGCAAUGUGAUACCAAAUGCUUGUAGAUCACUCUCAACAAAAACUUAUGACUCAAAUGAAAAAGUCAAUUCCUUUCAACCUGUUUGCUAUGUUGAUGAAGCUAGAAAUCUUAGCUUUCCACUAGUCACUAGAUUAAGUAAUAAAUCCCCGUGAAAAUGAAGUUGGAAUAUACUUCAUGUGGUUGUAUAAAAACUUCCACUUUGGAAAAACAAGCUAAACCUCUUGACUAGUCUAUAACUUCAGAUGCUCAUGACUUGGUUUAGACUUUGGACGUGUAAUUUAUUCUUCCAUUUUAAUUCUCUCUCUUAAUACACACAUAUGGGACAAAAGAAAAUUAUUGUUAUU